UCGGCAGCUGCGGCGGCGGCGGCGGCGGCGGCUGGCGCGGGCUGGCGUCCGGACGGAGGCGGGAGGGGACGCUGCAGCCUCGUGAGCGGCGAGGAGAGUGGGGCACAGGACCGGCGAGUUGGAGAGGCGCGGCGAGCGGCGGCACUGCGCCCGCGGAGAGCCCGGCCCCACGUCCCCGUGCCCGCGUGCGCUCAGCACCCGCGUGGAGGACAGCUCCGCAGCGCGCCGCUCGCCCAGCCGCCCUCUCGCCCGCCUGCGUCCUGAAGCCGGUAGCCCGGACGCCCCACCGAGAGCCCGCGCCGAGCUGCCGGACCUGCAACUCUCUACGAGCCAGCUCGGGAGAGCAGCCAUCGGCCUCGGGAGCCCUGACGACGCCGGAGCAGAAUGUACCAGGGACACAUGCAGGGAAAAGGCUCUAGGGCUGCAGAUAAGGCUGUUGCCAUGGUGAUGAAGGAGAUACCGAGGGAGGAGUCUGCAGAAGAAAAGCCCCUCCUUACUGUGACAUCACAGCUGGUGAAUGAGCAACAAGAAAGCAGACCCCUCCUGAGCCCCUCCAUCGACGACUUCCUCUGCGAAACCAAAUCCGAGGCCAUUGCAAAGCCAGUGACGUCCAACACAGCCGUGUUGACCACUGGCUUGGAUCUCCUUGACCUGAGUGAACCCGUCUCUCAAACCCAAACCAAAGCCAAGAAAUCUGAGCCCUCAUCAAAGAGCUCGUCUCUCAAGAAGAAAGCUGAUGGCUCUGACCUCAUCAGCGCAGAUGCUGAGCAGAGAGCGCAGGCCCUCCGAGGGCCCGAGACGUCAUCCUUAGAUUUAGUAGACAUUCAAACACAACUGGAAAAAUGGGAUGAUGUCAAGUUUCACGGUGACCGAACAAGCAAAGGGCAUCUCAUGGCAGAGAGGAAAUCUUCCUCGCCUAGAACGGGAUCCAAAGAGCUUCUCUGGUCCUCGGAACACAGAUCUCAGCCAGAGCUGAGUACCGGGAAAAGUGCCCUCAACUCCGAGUCGGCUUCUGAGUUGGAACUCGUGGCUCCAGCACAGGCUCGGCUGACCAAAGAGCAUCGCUGGGGGAGCGCCCUGCUCUCCAGGAACCAUUCCUUGGAAGAGGAGUUUGAAAGGGCAAAGGCAGCAGUAGAGUCAGAUACAGAGUUCUGGGAUAAGAUGCAGGCGGAAUGGGAAGAAAUGGCCCGGAGGAACUGGAUAUCCGAGAACCAGGAAGCUCAGAACCAAGUCACCGUCUCGGCCAGUGAGAAGGGAUAUUAUUUUCACACUGAAAAUCCCUUCAAGGACUGGCCUGGAGCAUUUGAAGAAGGCUUAAAAAGGCUGAAGGAAGGGGACCUGCCUGUCACCAUCCUGUUCAUGGAAGCUGCAAUUCUUCAGGACCCUGGAGACGCUGAGGCGUGGCAGUUUCUUGGCAUAACCCAGGCGGAGAAUGAAAAUGAGCAGGCGGCUAUUGUUGCCCUCCAGAGGUGCCUGGAGUUGCAGCCCAACAACCUGAAGGCUCUGAUGGCCUUGGCUGUGAGCUACACCAAUACCAGCCACCAGCAGGAUGCUUGUGAGGCGCUGAAGAACUGGAUUAAGCAAAAUCCAAAGUACAAGUACCUUGUGAAGAACAAGAAAAGCUCUCCAGGACCCACGCGGCGGAUGUCUAAAUCCCCAGUUGACAGCUCCGUUCUGGAAGGAGUAAAGGAAUUAUACCUGGAAGCUGCCCACCAAAACGGUGAUGUCAUCGACCCAGACCUGCAGACAGGUCUUGGAGUUCUGUUCCACCUGAGUGGAGAGUUCAACAGAGCGAUCGACGCAUUUAACGCUGCCUUAACCGUCCGGCCAGAGGAUUACUCAUUGUGGAACCGGCUUGGGGCAACCUUGGCAAACGGCGACCGCAGUGAGGAAGCUGUAGAAGCCUACACGAGAGCCCUGGAGAUCCAGCCAGGUUUCAUCCGGUCCAGAUACAACCUGGGCAUCAGCUGUAUCAACCUGGGUGCCUACAGAGAAGCGGUCAGCAACUUCCUCACUGCCCUCAGCUUGCAGAGGAAGAGCAGGAACCAACAGCAAGUCCCGCACCCCGCCAUCUCCGGGAACAUCUGGGCCGCCCUCAGGAUCGCCCUGUCGCUGAUGGACCAGCCAGAGCUCUUCCAGGCAGCCAACCUCGGUGACUUGGAUGUCCUCCUAAGAGCUUUCAACUUGGAUCCUUGAGGGAAAAGAAAAAAAAAAUUAAAUAAAGGAUAAUAGCGCCUCUUCCGUGUUAUUAUACUAAAAAAGGGACAAAACUAUUUUAUUAUGAAUUUCCAAAAAAAAAAAAAAAAGAAAUUUUUUAAAGGAUAAAGCUGAGAGUGAAAAGGCCAUGAUCAUAUAACCCAAGGGGGUUGAGCCCUACAGAUCCAGUCUCUGUCCAGACCCCAAAGCACAAAGUGAAGGUCCGGUUCAAAAGAAGAUUCUCAGGACAAACCAAGACAAGGUAACUCCGUUCUCUUUGAAUUACGCUGUCCCCGCUGGUGGCUCAUUGGAGGGACAUUCUUGGGACAUGACACGACAAUUUGUCCGCAGUCAGUGAACUCAGGCUGUCUCUGUCUCCCCCUUUUGCAAGACUGAACACAGUUUGGGCCAUUGGCCAGUGUACACCUGCAGCCUGACCAAAGGCCGCGGUCGCUUCCCUCUCGCCCAUUCUAACUUUGACUGUAAGCCUUUGUUUUCAGAGAGAGAGAGAAUGAGCUUUGCUGGCAAAAGCAGUUUUUGCACUAGAAGUUUUUGCUGUUCCCAAUGAAAUCCUUUCUAGGAUUGUGCAUAAGCACUUUAAUAUCUUAUGUAUGCCUCGCCCGGCUUCUGACUUGCUGCUCCAGUUUCUAAC